AUGGAAGUUUUUUCAAAGUCCAUUUACGCCUACGAGAAAGUACGCUCAGCCAUUCGUGAUCACGAAGACGAUGUUGACGUGACCGCUACGAUUCCGAAGACUCGUGCCAAGGUUGUCGUCGUUGGUUCAUCAGGUGUUGGUAAAACUUCUGUGAUCUAUCGUCAUCGUUUUGGAAAUCGCUCUGCGCCAUUCACCUCAACCAUCGGGGCAUCCUUUGUGGAGUGCGAAGUAGAGACCAGCUACGAAAACAUGAGCCUACAAAUAUGGGACACUGCUGGACAGGAGCGUUUUCGUUGCAUGGUGCCAAUGUACAUGCGAAACUCUGCUGCUGCCAUUAUAAUGUACGACGUAACUAGCCGUCAGUCAUUUGAGGAUGUGGACAAAUGGGCUGAAGAACUUCGUAAGUGUUGUGGUAUGGCCGAUCCGUUGGUGGUGCUCAUUGGCAACAAGUGUGAUCUACAAGAUAAGCGGCGCGUUUCAUCGAUAGAAGGCCAAGAGAAGGCUUUUGCACUUGACGCACGAUUUUACGAGAUCUCAGCUGAAAAGCCAAUAACCUUUGCCUUGGUGCUAGAAGAUCUCUGCAACGAUCUUUUGUCCAGCGCGAGUGCUGAAGAGAUAUCCUCGUUGCACUCUGUGACCCGUACUGACGUCGUUCGUCUUCCGUCGAGCUCCUCUUCGGUCUCGUCGAAGGAUUCAAAGGCCAAAACCAGGUGCUGCGCAUUCCUAUAG